CAUCCUGUUCACGUCAGAGUAGUCACAGAGGAAGAACAAUGGUUCCUUUACUGCUGUUACUGCUGCUGCCUGAAUCACUUGCUGACCAAAUUUGUUUCAACAUUUCAAACAGCAACAUUAACAUUACCCUACCAGAUGGUAACAUCGUUGAAAACCAGGCUAUGGGUGUGAACUGCAAGGUUGAUGGACAGCCCUGCAUCUUUCAGUGCACAUUCAGCAAUCAGACAUGGUUCAAUGGAUCAUCUGGUUGCUUAGACACCAAAGUGACAACGUUUAUUGACAAGAAUAUAUAUAACAUAGAACCAUAUAGCAAUUGCACCCAAUACUUUUGCAAGCAGAGCUCCAUCUCAUCACUGAUUACACCUCUGGAUAGUCUCACCGCUGACCAGAGGGAAAUGAUGCAACUCUUCUACAUAAGGGAUUCCUGUGCAGAGCUCUUCAGUACCAGCCAUCAAGUCAAGAAGGACUUUAUAAAUGCAGAAAGACAGAUAAUCCAUAACAUCAUGGGAACAUCCCGGCUUGAGAAUGGAGGCUCCAAAAAAUACAACCUGAGGGUGUUGUCUCUGAAUGUGGUUAACAUCAGUGAUGCUGAACUCAACUCUACAGAACCUAAGAUCCAGAUAGAUGCUCCACAGCUGCUGCAUGAGAAUGCAUCAUUUGUCCCUGACAUUUGGCUGCCGGUGAAUGACCUGCACAACAUCCCUAAGAAGGAUAGGAUUAUUGGUUUGGUCAGCUACAUGCAGCACAACCAGUUCCAAUUCAAACAGGAGAAUAUCUCAUCGAUGGUCCUCAGGAUUGAACUACUUGGGGAGCCCCUUAAAAAUCUGAAAACGCCAAUCCAGAUGAUUUUUAGAGUUUCUACACAUGUACAUAUGGAUAAUGACUCAAGGUUACAGUGUUGCUAUUUUGAUGAAGGCGAAUGGCUCUGGAAAACUAAUGGAUGUGAGACAAACAACACUAACCAAACUGACAUUAUUUGCAACUGCAACCAUGCAACACCCUUUGCAGUUCUAUUGAUAAGAAACUCAAUUGCAGAAGACCACUGGAAAAUACUGUCAUACCUCAGUUACAUAGGUUGCAGCCUGUCUGCUUUCUUCACUGCUUUGUCCCUCGUGUUGUACGUCUUCAGUCGAAACCACAGAAUGGAUUACUCCAUUUCUAUUCAUGUAUCUCUGAGCGGGGCCUUGUUUAUGCUCAAUAUAACCUUCCUGCUGACUGAGUGGGGGGCCACGGUGGAGCCAGACUGGGUGUGUGUAUUUGUCGCAGCUGUCAUGCACUACUCCUUGCUCUGCUGCUUCACCUGGAUGGCUAUUGAGGCACUUCACCUCUAUCUACUGCUAAUAAAGGUGUUUAACACCUACUACAAACACUACAUGGUCAAACUGUCUCUUGCUGGAUGGGGGAUCCCUGGUGUAAUCGUGGCAGUCUCUGCAGGAUUGCAGGACUUCAGACAGUUUUAUGGAGUUACACAAACAACCAUGGCCAAUACUAACCAAACGAAUGCUAUCUGCUGGAUCAAAGAUGACUCCUUCUUCUACGCCUUGAACCUGGUGUAUUUCACCCUCAUAUUCAUCUUCAACUCUGGCAUAUUGAUGGCAGUGGCCUCGAGCAUCUGUAAGAUGAAACAAGUGCUCAGGAACAGCUUGAACCUUGGACGAGAGACUGAGGGAAAGACUCACAGCAACUCACAGAGGUUCAGUGACUCCUGCAGGAAUAGCCUCACUGUGGUGGCUCUUACCUGCCUGAUGGGGACCACCUGGGGCCUGGCCUUCCUGGGCUCAGGAUAUGUCAACUACCCCAUCCUCUACCUUUUCUGUAUCCUCAACUCCACACAAGGUUUCUUUAUCUUCCUGUGGGUCUGUCUAUCAGUCAAGAAGCAGAGGAAGAGAGACAUGGAGGACAGAUUGAGUUCAACUCCAGUGAAGACUUCAGGAGUCAAAUCUGACUAGACCUCCUUUCCUGUGAUUGCAAACCUCCCAUGUAAUCCCAUGUACCCAUAGCAGUAGAAACUACUGCAUAUAACCCCGUCAACAUUAACUGUAAACUUUUAAUCAAACUUUUUAAAACAUUUUCUAUAAAAUGCUAUAAAAGUGAAGUUAUUUCCUCUGCUAACUUACUGCAAAAUAUUAUGCAUGUGUUUUUUGGAUAAAAUUUUAAUUAAUCAAUAUGGGAGACUGAUCUAGUUUUAAUUAAAUGCACAGUAUGUGUCUUUUGCCAUUAGGGGUCCCUCAAGCUAACAAAAGGGAGGAGUUGUAUUCUUCACCACCAUCACUGUAAGCUCCUCCUGGUUAGAAUUCCUUCUGCGUCAGUGGUUCAGGAGGUUUUUACCAGCAGCUGAAUUAUCCACUAGACCCGGUGAUUACUAUAAAAGCAUACUAUUGAAUCCUUGCUUUGGUUACUAAGUAUUAAAAGA